AUGAAAAUACCCCAAAGACUGUUUACAACAGCUAGAUAAACUAAUCUCCUCUUUUUUAAUGAUUCGAAGAAUUAAAAAGAGCAAUCGAUUAGAAAGAACGUUAAAAAGAUAAACAGGAUAAUACUAAUGAAUAAAUAAAAUUAAAUUCAGUUACAAGGUGGAUAAAAAUAAUAAUUUAAUUUAUUUUACUGA